AUGGCAAAGCAAAACUCCGCCCUCGCGUCCUCUCGCAGAAAGUCGAGAAAGGCACACUUCAGCGCCCCUUCAUCGGUGCGCCGUGUCAUCAUGUCGGCCCCUCUCUCCAAGGAGCUCCGCGCCCAGCACAACGUCCGCUCCAUCCCCAUCCGCAAGGACGAUGAGGUUAUGGUCACCCGUGGAUUCCACAAGGGCAGCGAGGGAAAGGUCGUCUCCGUCUACCGUCUCAAGUACGUCAUCCACAUCGAGCGUCUCAACCGCGAGAAGGUAAACGGCCAGUCCGUACCCAUCGGCAUUCACCCCUCCAAGGUGAAGAUCACCAAGCUCAAGAUCGACAAGGACCGUGACGCCAUUCUAGAGAGGAAGGGAGGAAAGGCCAAGGAGGAUGACAAGGGCAAGAACAAGGAAUAA